AUUAUUCAUCUUUUCUUCAUUCCAAUGGCCUUUCUCCGCCUGUUUCUAAUCGCUUUUUCAAUUUUCAUUCUUCUUCUUCUUCAUUCGAACAAUGCAGAAGGAAGAGUUCAUUACCACAAGAACAAGAACAAGAACACAAACAGAGAGCUAAUCUCGCCGCCGACGAUUACGACGUCACCGGCCUACUCUCCGUCGCCGUCUUCUCCACCUGAAGAAGACGACCCACCGCCCAAUCCAGGGAACUUGACCACCGAUUCCAGUUGCAUAUUCGACGUCAUGUCAUUCGGAGCCUGUGGGGACGGAGAUACAGACGACACUGCAGCAUUCAUGUCGGCCUGGAAAGCUGCAUGCGCCGUGGAAUCCGCCAUUGUUUUGGUUCCAUCUGGUUAUACUUUCAUCAUCACUUCAUCUAUUUUCUCCGGUCCCUGUCAGCCCGGCCUUGUAUUACAGGUCGAUGGAGUUUUAAUGCCGCCAGAUGGGCCGGACUGUUGGCCGGAAAAGGACAGUCAUAGACAAUGGUUGGUGUUUUACAGACUAGAUAACAUGACAUUAACAGGAACGGGUACAAUUGAAGGAAAUGGUCAAAAAUGGUGGGAUCUCCCCUGUAAACCUCACCGGGGUCCAAACGGAACAACGUUGCCAGGUCCAUGUGACAGUCCUGCUUUAAUUCGGUUCUUCAUGAGCAACAACGUGGUCAUGUCGGAAUUACGUGUUCAAAACAGUCCUCAAUUCCACAUAAAAUUCGACGGAUGCGAAGGCGUGCUUAUUGACCGGCUGUCGAUAUCAUCUCCAAAACUCAGUCCAAAUACCGACGGUAUUCACAUAGAGAACACAAAGUAUGUUGGAAUAUACGAUUCCGUCAUUGCAAACGGGGAUGAUUGUAUUUCAAUAGGAACAGGUUGUUCACAUGUGAACAUUGAUGGUAUUACUUGUGGUCCUAGUCACGGGAUCAGUAUUGGUAGUCUCGGCGUACAUAAUUCACAGGCAUGUGUCUCAAACAUAACGGUAACAAACAUAAUGUUAAGGGAUUCCGACAAUGGAUUAAGGAUCAAGACAUGGCAAGGUGGAUCUGGAUCCGUUUCCGGGAUAUCAUUCGAGAACAUUGUGAUGGAAAAUGUGAGGAAUUGUAUAAUUAUAGACCAAUAUUAUUGUCUCACCAAGGGAUGUCGUAACGAGACUGCAGCUGUUUACUUGACCGACGUGUCGUAUCGGAAUAUAAAGGGAACUUACGACGUGCGCAGCCCUCCGAUCCACUUUGCUUGCAGCGAUACGGUGGCGUGUACGAAUAUAUCGAUGUCGGAGGUGGAGCUUUUGCCGCACGAUGGCGAACUUGUGGACGAUCCUUUUUGUUGGAAUGCUUAUGGAAUUCAAGAAACAUUGACGAUUCCUCCUAUUGAUUGUUUGCAAGAUGGUGAGCCUGAGUCAUUGGCUGAGACAUCGUUGUAUGUUUGCAAUUAAUUUAGGGUGGUUUAAUUAAUUUAAUGUAUAGACUAUAGUUGUCUUAAUUAAGGUGGUGGUCCUAAGGUCCAUUAUUUUUUGUGGGUCUGGGACUUUUGGUUAAUUUUGAUGUAGGGUUUUAUGUUACUAGAUUAUUAGGUCAGAAGGUGCUUCAUCCCUUUUGGGGUCUUUCUUUCCCUUAUUGUGUGAUGAGCUGUUUGUUUGACAAUAAAGUGUGGCUCUCGUGAUUGUAAUGGAAAAUUUAUUUCCAUAAUAUAAAAGGGUUAAA